AUGGCGUUGGUGGAUCACUGUAUCAAUUUGACCAGUGAUGACGGGCGUGACGAAGCUAUAAUGUCUGACCGGUUAUUGAACAUGUGGUUGAAUCGUACAUUUGUUACCAAGGUUAGAGAUGUUGCUGGUCUAGCUAGCGUGUUCUGUGCCUUCCAAGAGCGCGAGUAUCUGGAGUCGCUGAUCGAGAAAUUGUCGGUGAUUGGGCGUGCUGCUGAAUUUGGUGCGUACGCCAACAGAGUCCUCCACCUCUCUACUCCUUCGCAUGCACUCCCAGCGACAGAAAGCGUGGGCGCGUAG